AUGGACGCAGGCAAAAUACAAGAGCCCGCCGAGGUCGGCCCGACGCUCCCACCAGCCGCCAUGGAGGCCAUCACCGCACCGCGGGCCCCAGACGUGCCACGCCGCUGCUUCAUCUGCCUGACCGACGAGGACCCCGCCGACGCGCCGAGCUCCUGGGUCGACCCGUGCCCGUGCACGCUUGAGGCGCAUCAGGACUGCAUGCUGUCGUGGGUGACGGACUGCGAGCGCUCCAGCCGCCCGCUCCUGUGCCCGGUGUGUAAGGCUACCAUCGAGAUGGAGGGCGCGUGGGACCCCGUCGUCGCGCUGAGUGACCUCAUCGCGCGGCGCUUCACCAAGACGAGUCCGCUCGUGCUCUUCACGGCUCUGUCCAUGGGCGUCCAAUUUAGCAUGCAGAUGUACGGCGCCACGGCGCUGUGGACGUUUGCCGGCAAGGAUGCCAUGAUGCGCUUCGUGAUGGGGCCUGAGAUGAUGAUUGACGGCCGGCGCACGGCACCGCUGGCGUUUGCGCGCGAACGCAUCACAAAUGCCCUGUACGGCAUUUACCAUGUCCUGCACGAUGAGCAGUUCUUUACCUGGCCGCCGUCGCCCCAGCUCGCCAUGGCUGUCUUUCCCUACAUCCGCUCCGUCUACUACAACCUCUACAGGGAGCUUGUCCUGCCCUACGAGACCAAGAUGAACCGCCAGCUCAUGGGGCUGCCGCCUGUCCCGCCCCGGCCUGAGCCCGCCGCCAACAACGGAAACCAGAACCCCAACGCGGCACGCAACGCGGCGCACGCCCAGGGCGGCGUCGUCGGCAUCCUGCAGACGCUAAUUGACGCGCUCGAGCAGGACGAGGCCGACGACUUCCCGCGGGCCGACGACUUUCACAUUGAUAUUCGCGGCGAGGAGCAUGUCGCUGGCGAGGGCGAGGGCGAGGAUGGCAUCAUGCUGGAAGUGAUUGUGGAGGAGUUGGAAAUGGACGAGGCUGCCGGUGACGCGGGAAAUGCUCCAGAGGACGCACCCGUUGCAGUCCCAGAUGGGGAAGCCGUUGAAGCUAACGAUGCUGGCGAUCCCAUUGGUGACGAUGCAGCUCCUGCUCCAGUUGUACCUCUAGCUGCACAGCCCGCUGAUGCUGCCGCCGAGGCGCCAGGCGCCAACCACGAAGCGCCGCCGGCGCCCGUUCGCCGCAUGGGCCUCGGCGCCAUCCUCUCCGGUGUGUCGAACGCCAUCGUGACAGCGCUCAUCCUGCCGGGAGUUUCCUUUGCCGCCGGUGAGGCGUUGCGCCUGGUGCUACCCAAGCACUGGACCGCGACGACGCCCCUCCGCAACCCGUGGACCGCGACUCUGCGCGGUGGCGGGGGCCGCCCUGGCCUCCUUCAGCAGCAAUGGGGCCGCAGCCUCGUCGGGGGGUGCCUCUUCAUCGUGCUGCGCGACGUGCUCCGCGUCUACACCAAGACGCGCAAGGUGACGGCGCUGUCGAACCGAAGGCAUGAUCUGUCCUGGGAAAGUUCUGGAACGUGUGUAAAUGCUUGGUUCCAGGCACACAGCGCCGCUCCCUCCUCCAAGCAGAAGCUGGCGCUCGCCAUCUGCGAGUUCCUCGCCACCUCGUCCACCGACGGCACCCUCACCGCCGACGACAAGGAUUCCAUCGACGUCGCCAUUAACUGCAUCGCCGAGUCGUUCAAGGUUGACCCGACCGACAAGGCCGCCGUCGCCCGCGCCAUUGGCGCCCAGAACUUGCUGCAAAUCUACUCCGUCUACGAAGUCGCCAAGUCGCGCAACAAUCCCGCCGCCGCAGCCGCUGCCGCCGCAACCACCCCCGCGCCUGCUGCCGCAGCUGAGACCGCCGCCGCCGCCGCCAACGUUUCCGACGACAAGAAGCGCGAGGCCGAUGGCCUCAAGAGCCAGGGCAACGCCGCCAUGGCGCAAAAGGACUACGCCACCGCCAUUGACCUCUACACGCAGGCGCUCGCGCUGCACCCGCAAAACGCCGUGUUCCUCAGCAACCGCGCCGCCGCGCACUCGGCCGCCAAGGACCACGCCAGCGCAAAGGUCGACGCCGAGGCUGCCGUCACCAUCGACCCGGCGUACACAAAGGCCUGGUCGCGCCUUGGGCUCGCCCGCUUCGCGCUCGGCGAUGCCAAGGGUGCCAUGGAGGCCUACGCCAAGGGCAUCGAGUACGAGGGCAACGGCGGCUCCGACGCCAUGAAGAAGGGCUACGAGACGGCCAAGCGUCGCGUCGAGGAGACGGGCGGCGAUGACGAUGAUGUUGCGACGCGGGGUAUGCCUGGCGCGGGCGCGGGCGGCAUGCCCGACUUUGCGAGCCUGGCAAGCAUGUUUGGCGGCGCGGGCGGUGCUGGCGGUGCGGGCGGCGCAGGUGGCGGUAUGCCCGAUCUCAGCUCCAUCAUGAGCAACCCCAUGUUUGCCAGCAUGGCCCAAAACAUCAUGAGCAACCCCGACAUGAUGAGCAACCUCAUGAGCAACCCGCGCAUCCGCGAGAUGGCCAACCAGUUUGGCGGCGGCGGCGGUGGCGGCGGCAUGCCCGACCUCAACAGCCUCAUGAGCGAUCCCAGCAUUGCUGAGAUGGCUCGCAACAUGAUGGGCGGUGGUGCUCCUCCUGGCAGUCCCGGUGCUCCUGGCGGUCCCGGCGCUGGACAUUGA